AUGGUUUUGAAGAGUGGGAUACCCCUACUGCUGUUUCUUAUCAGCCUCCAAGCAAGCCCAGGCAAUGUGACUCCCUGGGAAAAGGCAGCCUCAGACCUUGCUGGACUGAGAGACGUGAGAUACAGACACUACCUUCAGACGUCCCGCUCGGUGUCCUACAGCGGCAGAACCAAACGCUCGGCUCUUUUCAGCACAGGAGUCAAAGUGUGUCCUCAGGAAACAGCAAAGGCCGUCAUCACCAGCCACCGUGCUUACUACCGGCUCAGAGUCUGCCAAGAAGCCAUUUGGGAAGCGUUCCGUAUUUUCUUUGAUCGUGUUCCCAACUCCGAGGAGUACAUGUCGUGGGUCUACACUUGUCAACACGAGAACCUCUGCCUGGAUGACCUGGCCCUAAACUUCAGCUCUUCUCCUGAACAUUUGGACCUGGUGGCAAGAAGAGUCGCUGAUCUCGGAGAUAGUGAAGGAGCUAUGGCAGAAACACCUGCACCUGGCAUAGACUGUACCUGGACCCUUCAGAGUAUAAUACCAACAGAGCCUGCCAUAGAUCCUACAGAACCAGCCAUAGAUCCUACAGAACCAGCCAUAGAUCCUACAGAACCAGCCAUUAUUCCUACAGAGCCAGCCAUAAUUCCUACAGAGCCAUCCAUGAUGUUUGAGGAGCCGAACCUAAUCCCUGAGAAUCCGCUUCAGUACAUAGUGGAGUUCAGUGUGACGAUCGAGGACCCCGUCUACAGCGAGCUCCUCCGAGACCCGGCGACGCCUGAGUAUGCUGAUGCGGUUCGGGAGCUCAGGGACAAGAUGUAUCAAGUUUUUGCAAGCAUUCCUGGGUUCAAAGAUAUCCAAGUUCUGGGAUUUCGGGCAGAGGACAUGUCUGUGCGUUACGCAGUCCUAUUCAACGGAGACACUGAACUUGGUGACCAGCCGGAGGGAUUCCACACAACUGAUGUGGAAACACAGAGGGACAUGAAUGUACCCAACCUCCAGAACAUCAUCAUGAGAGCCCUGAAGCAAGAGCAUUCACUUCCACUGGAUCUCAACGGUCUCAACUUUGACGCCGUUUACGCAGUGGACGACCACAAAAAAACUCAUACUAUGGCUUUCCCAGUUGAAGGAAGCUCAACAAAUGCCAUGAGUGCAUCUACAUACUUUGAAGAUUUCAAUAUGUCAACUGUUAUGCCUUUUAUUCCUGAUGACCUGACAAUGGUCAAUUGGGUCGAACCUGAGGCAACUCCAGCACAUCCUGCACGAGAGGCUGUGACACAUGUGGAACUUUUACCGUCUAUAGAAGAAAUACACGACUCCCAGACAACAGAAUCGGCAGCGGUUAUACAUUUGUUCAGCGAUGAUUCACCAACACAAAUCCCAGAGAUGCAGGUCACAGUCCCCACUUCUCUGGAGAGCACUGAUUCACACGCCAAGAAGGUGGACACAACUGUGGACACUUCAGCUGCAGCCGACAUCCGAGCGUCUGGACAGAGCAGCGAGGAGACUGUCCACACAGUCCAGGAGGAGGAGGCUGUACUUCCUGUUGUAGAGGAACCAGUACAUCCUAUCAAUGAGGCUGUACUUCCUGUUGUAGAGGAGCCAGUACAUCCUAUCAAUGAGGCUGUACUUCCUGUUGUGGAGGAAGCUGUACUUCCUGUCAAGGAGGUUAUGCUUCCUGUCGAGGAGACUGUCCUUCCUGUUGAGGAGACUGUCCUUCCUGUCGAGGAGACUGUCCUUCCUGUCGAGGAGACUGUCCUUCCUGUCGAGGAGACUGUCCUUCCUGUCGAGGAAGCUGUCCUUCCUGUCGAGGAAGCUGUCCUUCCUGUCGAGGAGACUGUACUUCCUGUUGAAGAGGUUGCUCUUCCUGUCGAGGAGGUUAUUGUCCCCCAAGUCGAGGAGGAGGCUGUCGCUCCUGCCGAAGAGGAGGUUGCCGUACCAGUAGAGGAGGUUGUUCUCCCUGUCGAGGAGGAGGCUGUCUCCGAAGUUGAGAAGAAGGCUGUCCUUAAAGUUGAAGAGGAUACUGUCCUUCCUGUCGGGGAGAUUGUCGUUCCAGACAAGGGAGAGGCUGUCCCUGAAGUAGAGAAGGAGGCUGUCCAUAAAGUUGAGGAGACUGUCCUUCCAGGAGAGGACAGGACUGUGACCACACCUGCAUCUGUGACCAGUGACCUUGAAACAAUCUCUUCUGAGUCUGGGGCAACCUUCACAGAGGAGGAGCUAAGUGUGUCCCCCACAGAGGAGGGCAGUGGGAGUGGAUUGUCCGCUGAGGCAGACACAGGUCUAUAUUGGACCCGUGCUCCUGCCAUGAGACAGGCCAGCACUCCUAUGAUGGCAGCAGUGGAGCGCAGCAAAGACCUGGUGGUGUUUUUCCGUCUCCGAGUGUCCAACAUGAUGUUCACAGAUAGCCUCUUCAACAAAGACUCUGCUGAGUACAAGACACUGGAGAACACCUUUCUGGAGCUGACACAGCGGCCCCGGCUAAGAAAGACAGAGAACCCUGGAGCCUCAAGUAAAUCAGGGCCACAGGCACUGCGAACGUUAGCGUCCAUCCCGCUUCUUCCAUACCUGGCGACCAACCUAACGGGUUUCAAAGCACUGGAGAUCCUGAGCUUCCAGAACGGUAGCGUUAUCGUGAACAGUAAGAUGAAGCUGAACAAAGCAGUGCCAUACAAUGUCACUGACGCAGUCCAAUGUGUCCUGGAGGACUUCUGCAGCUCUGCCACCAGCCAACUGGACAUUCAGGUGGACAGCCGCUCUCUGGAGGUCGAACCAGCUGACGAGCCGGACCCAUGUCAGUCCAUCACUUGUUCAGAGUUCUCUCGAUGUAUUAUAAACGGCUGGAGCGGAGAGGCCGAGUGCAUGUGUGAUCUUGGCUACAGAGCAGAGGGGGAGGGACAGACCUGCCAGAGCCUAUGCACUUUGGAACCAGACUUCUGCCUCAACGGAGGACUGUGUGAAAACAUCCCCGGCCACGGCGCCACCUGCAGAUGCCCUGUUGGUAAAUACUGGCACUACCAUGGUGAGCGCUGUGAUGAGCUGAUCACGCUUCCUCUGGACACUUCCUUCAUCAUUACCGCCCUCGUGGGGAGUCUUUGCCUUGUUGCCGCUGUCAUCAGCAUUCUAAUAUUUAUUAACAAGAAAUGCAUCCGACCCCAAAAAGCAGUAACCACAGUGCAGACUCCUUUUGCGUUUGACCAUGCAUUGCGGGUGAAUCCUGCUUUUCAGAACGAUGAUGAACUUAUCACUCAGACAUCAACAUUGCCUUAUCCUCCAAGCUCUUCCCAGUCACAAGCAUCUGAGCAAGAGCAUUUUGCCUCAAUUGAAAAUAUUCAUCUCAGUAUUGAGAUCCCCAGACAGCUCUACACAACAAGAUCCGAAAAGUUAAUGUCGAAUAUGGUGGAUUUCCACCACUGUAUCCCACACAGUCAGACGUGGUUGCCACAAAGCCCUGGAAAAACAUGCUGUGUUCUGAGAGCAUCAGAGAACGACUGCUUGGAAGUCACUGUGGUGUAA